UUUUCAAGGCGUCCCUAAGGCGUCGCCUAGGCGACGCUUAGGCGUCAGGGCGCCCUGCGAGGGCAAGGCGUCCACCUCGCCUUAGGUGGGUGUCUAAGGCGUCCGCCUUAAGCUAUAAGGCGUCCGAGGCGUCUGCCUAGGCGUCCGAGGCGUUGCCUUAGUCCAUUUUGGACGCCUUAGCUUGCCAGGCAGGCAGGGGAGCUGUUUUAGGCGGGAAACAGAGUUUUGGCGGGAAACUGGAAUCAUGUUGGCGCCAACAGGUAAGAGGGGAGAAAGAGAGAGAGAGAAACAGCCCCCAAUCCACACACUCCUCCCCCUCCUUCUCUUCAGUGGCUCCUCUCCAGCAGAUCUGGUUCCUCCUCCUCUCCAGCAGCUCCUCCCCCUCCUCUCCAACGGUUCCUCCUCUCCAGCAGCUCCUCCUCUUCCUCCUGUCUAGCAGCUCCUCCUCAUCCUCCUGUCCAGCAGCUCCUCCUCUGCAGUACAGCAACAACAAGCAAGAGCAACAGUAAGGUAGUAGAAGUGUAGCACCAUGGAUGGAAAUGCAGCAGCUGAUGGGGGUGAGCCCACCUACGAUCCAAUGAAAGAUCCAACAAGGAAGCCACAACGGUCAAAUGAUCCGGGAUGGAACUAUGGAUAUUGGUCUGAGCCUCCAAAUCGGGAUCUUGUUGUGUGCGCUCUUUGUGGCAAGAUAACUUCUGGAGGGAUCAAGAGGCAUAAAGAGCAUCUUGCGGGCGUCGGGGGAGAUGCAAUUGGUUGUCCUAAGGCCACCACACAAUUGAGGAGAGAAAUGGGAACAUAUUUGGAGCAAAAUAGGAGGAUCAAGGGAGUAGUAGAUGUAGAUGAUGUUCAGGAGGUUGUGGAGGUGAGUUCAGUUGGAGCAAACAUCGCCUCUAAAAGGCCAAGCUCAGGGACAGCAGCCAAACAGAAUAAGAAAGCGUUUAUCACCAACAUGCAAGGUAAAAAGAAGUCUGUUUCUGUUGUGUCUGCCGCCAAUAGUUCCAAGCCAAUUGUUGCCAUGCUACGAAGAACACCCGAGGAUCUUGUAGAUGAAAGACGCUCUGGGUGUUCUCAAAGCACCAUGGAGUCCAGCACAAAGACUCCAGAAGAGAGGCAGUAUGUCAAUAUGCAGUGGGCAUUGUUCUUUUACGAGUGUGGCAUUCCAUUCAACGCUGCAAGUAGUAGGCAGUUUGAGGUUGCAAUUGAAGCCUCUUGUCAAUAUGGGUCAGGUUACAAGCCUCCUAGUGCACAUGAGCUGAGAGAGAAAUUGCUUAAUGAUUGUGUGAAGGAAACAGGACUUUUGAGGAGGCAACACGAGGCAGCAUGGAAAAAAUAUGGAUGCACACUCAUGUCGGAUGGCUGGUCGGAUAAAAGAGGACGCCAUUUGAUUAACUUCCUUGUUAAUAGUCCAGAGGGCACUUUCUUCUUGGAGUCGGUUGAUGCCUCAAGUGUAUGUCAUGAUGGUGAUAUGAUAGCUGAUUUGCUUGAGAAGAGAAUUCUGGAUGUUGGAAAAGAGAAUGUGGUACAAGUUAUCACCGAUAAUGGUGCUAAUUACAAGAAAGCUGGCCACCUUCUAAUGGAGAGGAUGCCUACUCUAUAUUGGAGCCCGUGUGCAUGUCAUUGCUUGGACCUAAUGUUGGAAGAUAUAGGAAAGUUGAAGGCAUUUAAGAAGCCUAUUGCAGGGGCUAGACGUGUCACAACUUUCAUCUAUAGACAUGGAAGACUUCUUAGUCUAAUGAGGAAGGCCACGGGUGGGGAUCUUGUGAGACCAGCAGCCACUCGUUUUGCCACAGCCAUCCUCACACUUAGGAGUUUGGUCAAGAACAAGGCUGCAUUGAGGAGUUUAUUUACAUCUGAAGAAUGGGUUGGAAACAAGUUAGCAAAAACACAAGUUGGCUUGAAUGUGCAAGAGAUUAUACUUUCAACGGAGUGGUGGAGCGCAAUUGAGGACUGCCUUAGAGCUUCAACUCCACUUCUUAGAGUUCUUAGAGUAGCAGAUGGUGAUGAGAAGCCUGCCAUGCCAGAGAUUAAAGCACUUAUGAUUUAUGCAAAGGAGAGGAUCAAUCUAGGUUUCCCUCAACAAAACAAGCAACCAUUGCUCAAGAAGAUCUUGGCCAUUGUUGAUAAGCGUUGGGAGAAUCAAAUGGAUCAUCCAUUGUAUGGGGCUGCUCUAUUUUUGAACCCAGGAAAGUUCUUUCCUAUUGUAAGCAGAAAUGAUGAUGCCUUAGUUGGGGAGCUUAGGAGCUGCUUUAAUGAUGUGCUUGCAAAAAUGGUACCGGAUGCCAAUGUUCGAAAAAAGAUUGAUCAACAAUCUGUGCUCUAUGAGCAACAGCGAGAAAGCUUUUCUAAUCCAUUGGCACUCGAGACCAUGAGCACAAGAAACCCUCUUGAUUGGUGGAGUUCAUUUGGUGGUCGGCCAUUGACCUACAAAGGUUUGCAAAGCGCAUUGUUAGUCUUUGUGCUUCAUCAUCUGGUUGUGAGAGGAAUUGGAGCACGUUUGAAUUUAUCCAUACAAAGAAAAGGAACAGAUUACAAUGGAAAAGGUUGAAUGAUCUUGUCUUUGUUUCAUACAACCGGAAGAAUAUGCAACGGUUU